AUGUCGUCUCAUCUUCCGGCUGGAAUUCCUUUACAACCUGGCCCGCGUCGGCCUAAAAGACUCAAGAUUGAUGUGGCAUGCGACACUUGCCGGAGCAGAAAGGUGAAGUGUGACGGCGUGCGCCCAGCCUGCGGGAACUGCUCCAAGAGAUUCGGACAGAAAGAAAAUUGUCGAUACAGCAACAGUGACGGUACCCCAGCUCCAGCUCCCAAGGACACGCUACCAACUUACAAUGAUCGACCAAUUGUGAGCGGUACAGCACAACAUCAACAGCAACAUCCAUCACGGGCAAGCAAAAUUAACAACCAAGCCCUGCCCCCUGGUGCUCCGUAUGCUGCUUCUCGCGACCGCCCCGGAGCAUACCCUUCCGCUCACGUUCCUGUAUUCCGACCUGUGCUACCAAAUCCAUCUCAGAGUCAGACCAACACCGACAUCAAGCCUAUCGCUUCUCGGGACAAGAGGCCAGCUGCCCCUUCGGAGACAAGCUCCGUUCCAACUACAGAUGCCAGCCCUUCCGUCAUUGAUUCCAUGACCGCCGUUGUUGACGACGGCGUCAGUACUGGAGAAUUCUUUGGCAGCAGCAGUGCCGGUUCUUUUACAGCCCAAAUCAAGGCUGCUGUUGCCAGUCGUCUUGGCCAAGCUCAACCUAAACCCCCCCGUCCUAGCCCUAGCCUUGGAAUCGGAAGUCUUAAUGCACCUCGGCGGCCGGGUAUGCACAAUAGUGCCAACGACGUGUUGCCGCCUCGUCGACAGGCUGACCAUUUGAUGAACGUAUAUUGGUUCUACGUUGAUCCCUUGUAUCCGUUUCUAGACCGCCGGAAAUGGGAGCAAAACUAUGCCAACUUGUUCUCCGGAACGCCACUGGAUACGAAUGAAGGCAUCUUCGUUUCGACACUGAAUGUCAUUUUUGCCUUGUCGACUCAGUUAGUCGAGUCGAUGGAGCCUGAGAACAGAGAUGAAACGAGCGACGUAUAUUUCAGACGCGCCAAAGAUCUAUUGGAUCUGACGUUUUGGGACUCUGGAUCUCUUGAGUUGGUGCAAUACCUGCUUCUGAUGAGUCAGUACCUGCAAAGCACAAGCCUGCCACACCAAACUUGGAUGAUCGUGGGCUCCGCCGUCAGAGUCGCACAGAGUCUCGGCUUACAUCUUCCGGAGACAAGCGCCGCGCAGCCAACACCAAGCCAACGUGAACUUCUUCGGAGAAUAUGGCAUGGCUGCGUGCUUAUGGACCGCAUGGUGUCCCUGACCCAUGGUCGCCCUGCGAUGGUCUCGCGAAGCCUUGCGUCUACAGUUCCACUCCCGCUUACUUCUUCCAAUGCUAAGCCCAGUGACUAUGGGCGUCUUACCGAAGGCUCGUUUUUUGUCAAGUCUGUCGAGCUCUAUGAGAUUACUCAUCGAGUUCUCCUCGAUUUGUACUCCGAACCAGGUUCACGGCCGCGAUCUACUGUUAAUGAUGAUAGGAAAGAUGAAGACCUUGCUACUGUAAUGCAGUUAGACUCGGCCAUGAUGAAAUGGGAAGAAAGCCUUCCCAAAUUUCUAAUACUGAGUGACCCGGAUGUUGCAAACAACGAUGUUUCGCACCGCCAGGCUGUUAUUCUGCAUAUUAGGUUCCUCCAUGCACGAAUGCUGCUUCUCCGGCCGGUUGUUGCUCGGGUUUGCGUGCCACAACCCGGCACCGGAACCGGAACUGGCCGACUCCCAGAUAGUCUGCAAUCUCGGGUGAUGCAACAGUGUACAAUGUGCUGCGUGGAUAUUGCUAGGAACAUCAUUUCCCUUCUCCUAAAAUAUCAGGCAUAUGAUGGAACCGUGGGUUUGCUCCCUGCGUGGUGGUACCGGGUCUACUACUUGUUUUCGGCUGCCACGGUCCUCAUUGCUGCGAAACUGCGAACCGAUAUUUUUAAUCCAGUCGACAUUAACCAGGCAUGGGGAGAAGUUAUGAAAGUCUUGGAAGCCCACGAACAUGUCAGUCAAUCUGCGCGGCGUUGCGUUGCGGCGCUACAGAUCUUGUCAUCAAAGAUAUUACAGGGACAGGGCGCUCCGGCGAUGGACCGGCCAACCUCUUUCAAUACUUCUUUGCCACCUAUCCAGCCUGUUAGCUCUCAUGCGGACCGCAUGCCGCCUCCAAUGCCACCGGAUCAAGCGUUUGCGCAAUUUCCAGAGCUUGACAUGCGCCAGUUGACAUUUUCGGUGGAUGACUUUUCAUGGCUGAAUGAUAUGAAUGCGUGGAAUGUGUUAAACGAUACUUGA